AUGCUCCUCAAUUAUGGCCACAAUAUAAGCACCCCACUCACAUCCCAGUUUACAAUCCCCCCCCCCGAACCACAUAUCCCUCAAAGCUUCACCAAGGCGGUUUUCCGUGCAAUAGAAAAAAUCAAAGUUGACACCUGUUCAUUAAGCGCUGCAACCAAUGGGGCCAAGGUUGCUGCAUGGAUGCAAGCCAUUCUUGUGGAGGGAAGCAACCUUUUCAACGGUACUGUCACCAGCAAUCUUGAUGGAUUCAUAAAAGGCACAGAUGAUAGCGAAGGACGCUAUGAGUUUGUAUACAUGGUGCUCAAACUUUGUGUAAUCGUGGUUUUGGAAGGAAAAAGUGACGGCACUACAAGCAACAACUAUGCCCAAAUGAUGACUGAAUUACAGGGGUCUACAAGACAAGCUAGAACACCACCACCCAAGCUAUAA